AUGGCAACAGGUAGUGAAGAUGAAUAUUUUGCUCAACGUCUUCUACGCUUGACUGAUAUUCCAAAAGAACCUAUGGAUUUUCUUAUGCCCAUCAGCGGUUACGAAGAAAUGCCUAUUGUUUCACUUGAAGAAGCACUUGAACCGCUCGUACACAUACUACCAAGAGUGAAAAGUUACGCACGUACGGCCAAAAACAAAUGUAAGCAGCCGGCUGAUAAUUUGACUCAAGAUGAAUCAGCUUCGAUCAUGCUCUAUUCAAUGGGAUGGGAACCGUCGGAUAAAUGCCUUUACUGCGCUUUGAAUGCUACUCUAAGAUCGAAAAAUCGAACAAAUCUUAAACCAUGGUUUCUCUUUCUUCGUCUUUUUCUUGGAGCAUUAUUUCGUCUUUUUCUUGGAGCAUUAUUUCGUCUUCCACCAAUUCCUCAUCUAACGGUAUUUCGAGGUGUCAAAUUAGAUUUAAGCAAACAAUUUGAAGAAGAUGAAACGUUCAUAUGGUGGGGUUUUUCUUCCUGUACAACUUCCAUCAAAGUUCUCCAAUCAGAACAAUUUUUAGGCAUGGAAGGUACACGAACAAUGUUUACCAUUCAUUGUAAUUCAGCUAGAGAUAUUCGAAAACACUCGUAUUUUCCAUCUGAAGACGAAGUACUAUUGCUUGCUGCUACUGAGUUUCAAGUGAAAGGUAUUCUCAAUCAAGGUCACGGUCUACGGAUUAUUCAAUUGCAAGAAGUUCACUCCGAUGAACCAAUGCUCAUCCCAGUGUCGUGUACAAGUGGCUCUGCUGAUUUAUCUGCCGGAAAACUGAAAAAUUUGAAAGUGGAAGAUGAUGUCACUGAAUCAGAAACCAUAUCAAAGCAGGCAGUUACAACAACAGCAGCGUCGAGCCCGAAAGUGACGGAUGAUGUCACUGAGUCAAAGAUCAUAUCAAAACAAACAGCCACAACAACAGCAGCGUCGAGCCCGAAAGUGGAAGAUAAUGCCAAUGAGUCAAAAAUUAUAUCACAGCAAGCAACCACAACAACAGCAGCUUCGAGCCCAAAAGUGACGGAUGAUGUCAAUGAAUCAAAAAUCAUAUCAAAGCAAGUAGCCACAACAACAUCAGUAUCGAGCCCAGAACCGAAAGUUGGUGCAUCUGAACCGAAAUUCAACACAUGGAAACAAAAUGGCAUCACUGUGGCUGGUGGAAAUGGACAAGGAAAAGGACUAGAUCAACUCAAUAGCCCUUUUGGAAUCUAUAUUGAUAAAAAGAAAAAUAUUUUCAUUGCUGAUUGUGGGAAUCAUCGCAUUGUUAAAUGGAACUGUAAUGCAAAGAAAGGACAAAUCAUUGCAGGUGGAAAUGGCGUAGGAUAUCGAAUAGAUCAAUUGAAUCUACCAACAGAUGUGAUUAUUGAUCAACGAAAUCAUUCGGUCAUCAUUGCUGAUCACGACGAUAGACGAGUGAUUCGAUGGUUGAAUCAAAAGCAACAAAUUCUCAUUCGCAAUAUUAACUGUUAUGGUUUGGUAAUGGGUAAGCAUGGGUUUCUUUAUGUUUCUGAUGAUGAGAAGAAUGAAGUGAGACGAUGGAAAAUGAGCGAAUAUAACAAUGAAGGAAUUGUAGUGGCAGGUGGAAAUGGAAGAGGAGAUCAACUUAAUCAGCUCAAUACUCCUACUUUUAUCUUUGUUGAUGAAGAUCAAUCUCUUUAUGUAUCAGAUAAGAACAAUCAUCGUGUAAUGAAAUGGAGAAAAGAUGCAAAAGAAGGAGUAAUUGUGGCUGGAGGAAAUGGUAAAGGAGCAAAUCUCAAUCAAUUGUCUCAUCCUCAAGGAGUUCUUGUUGAUGAUUUGGAUCAAAUCUAUGUGGCAGAUGUUGCGAAUGAUCGAAUAAUGCGUUGGUGUGAAGGAAAAGAAGAAGGUGAAAUUGUCGUUGGUGGAAAUGGUGAAGGAAAUGAAUCAAAUCAAUUGAAUGGUCCCAUGGGUUUAUCUUUUGAUGAUGAAAGAAAUCUUUAUGUUGUUGAUUGGGGAAAUCAUCGAAUUCAAAAAUUUGAAAUAAUUUUAUGA